AUGCAGGUGCCUGAAGGAAGUAAAUUAUAUGUUAUGGACUCUCGGAGACCCUUCCAUCAUGAGAAUAUCUUCGAGGGCGGGCAGAUAAUGAUCAUGGUGGAUAGUCUGGAGGUCGAAAAACUAAAUAUACCAGAGAUGUCUUCAAUUAUGGAAAAUGAUGAAUCUGAAGAUUCGGGUGAGGACGAUGAAGAAGAAGGUGGUGGCAGAAGAGGAAUGGAAAAGGUGGAACGAAGGCUUUUGAAGAAGGAAGCGAAAAAACAGUGGCAAAAACGUCGACGGAAUUUGUUGUGGAAGUAUUACGAGAAUUCAUGGUACUCAAUAUCUGUGCGUUGA